AAUGUCGACCGAGCCCUGUAUCAUUAUUUUGCUUUUUGUGUUUUGUUUGUUGAGUGCAUCCAUUGAACUAUCAUCGUCCACCAUCCAACAGUGUAAACGAGAGAAGAACAAAAUAAUAAAGGAGCUAUUAUUUUAGCAUUGUGUGUGUGUGUUUAUUCUGUUCACAUUCGAAUUUAGCAUUGAUCUGUGUGUGUUAUUUAUUGCAUAAUUGAUUGAACACGUUCAUCGUAAAUCGAUGUUCGUUUGGAUAUCGUCGUUUUUUUUAAAAUCUUCAUAAUCGAUUUGUAAUAUUAAUUAAAAUAAAAUAAAAGAACACUAUUUACAUAAUGAGCCUGGACGAAGAAUCGACAUCAAUUAUAAGCAGUACAUCAAACGAAUCAACACCAUCGAAUUGUAAAUCGAAUACAUUUCUUUGUGGAGUUGUUGAAGGAUUCUAUGGUCGACCAUGGACACUUGAACAACGUAAAGAUCUUUUCGCUAAACUAAAACGUUUCGGUAUGAAUGUUUAUAUGUAUGCACCAAAAGAUGAUCUCAAACAUAGAAAUUUAUGGCGAGAAUUAUAUACUGUUGAAGAAUCGGAACAAUUGUCUGUGUUAAUAUCGAAUUCUAAGUCAAAUGGUAUUCUAUUUGUUUAUGCUAUAUCACCUGGUUUAGAUAUCGGUUAUUCGAAUCCAAAAGAUGUUCAAGCAUUGAAACGUAAAUUGGAUCAAGUUAAACAAUUAGGAUGUGAAUCUUUUGCUUUACUUUUUGAUGAUAUUGAACCUGAAUUAAAUGAAAAUGAUCGUGAAGCAUUUAAAUCAUUUGCCAGUGCACAGGUUUCAGUUACCAAUGAAGUUUAUCAACAUUUAGAUCAACCUGUAUUUAUAUUCUGUCCAACUGAAUAUUGUUCAUCAAGAGCUGUACCAAAUGUACAACAUUCAGAUUAUUUAUCAACAAUCGGUGCUAAACUGAAUACAAACAUUGGAAUCAUGUGGACUGGUAAUCGUGUAAUAUCUCAAAGUAUUGGUUUGUCUCAGAUUCAAGAAUUAACUGAUGUUCUUCGUCGAAAACCAGUUAUCUGGGAUAAUCUUCAUGCUAAUGAUUAUGAUCAGAAACGUUUAUUUUUAGGUCCAUAUAGUGAUCGUUCAACGCAAUUAAUACCGCAUUUAAGUGGAGUGUUCACUAAUCCUAACUGUGAAUACGAAGCUAAUUUCAUUCCAAUUCAUACGUUAGGUCAAUGGAGUAAAUGUACAAAAGAUGCUAAUGAAUGUCAAUCUAAUUCGGAUAUUAAACUUGAAUCUGAAUCAGAAAAUGGUUCUAUUGAAGAUGUACCUGUCGAAAUGGAUUCUUGUGUUUAUCAUUAUCGAAAUGCAUUACGUGUGGCUAUUCAAGAAUGGAUUACCGAAUUUUACAAGGUGAAAAAUCCACAAAUAAAACCGAAUCUUGUGCUUGGAACUAGUACUACCGGUAAUCCACCACCUAAUAUUACACUCAAUUAUGAUUCGCUCAUAACUACGACAACUAAAUCAACAUCACCUUGCAAAAAUGAACCAUUAACCGAAAACGGUUUGAUGCUAGAUUCGGAUAUAGGUAAUCGGAUCGAAAACGGUAAUUCGACAAUCAAUCAUGACGAAUUGCUUGAAAAUAAAGAAAAUACUGUUCAAAGUUUAGAACCAAUGGAUUGUAAUCCAUCUCCCGAUUCUUCACACAAGAUCAAUUCUUUGGACGUACCAAUGAUUGAAAAUUUAAUCAAAGAAAGUGAUGGAAAUUCAGCCAAAAACAGCAUGAACAGUGUUGAUUCAGAUGAAAUGCAAACCGAAGUAACAUUUGAAAAUGAUGAUUCAGCGGUAAACGAAACUAAAUCCACAAUGCUUACUUUCGAAGAUAUUGCUCUGUUGGUCGAUUUAUUCUAUUUACCUUUCGAACAUGGACCUCAAGGUGUUCAAAUUUUACAUGAAUUUCAUUGGCUUAAAACAAAUGGAUUUAUUGUUUCGGAAUAUCGUCGUAAACGACAAACGGCCAAUACAAAUGAACAAACAAAUGUUAGUGCCGAAAUCAAUGAAUGGUAUGAUCGUGCAGCUAAAUUCAAUGAAAUGACAAUGUUGAUUGGUCGUUUGUUAACACGUUUAACAUUUUGUAAAAAUCGUUCAUUACUUUAUGAACUUUAUCCAUAUGUUUGGGAUAUAAAAGGAGUUAUUUCAUUGCUCAAUUCAUAUGUAAAAUGGAUCGCACUCGGCCGAGUACCGGUGACAAACUUUUUCCAACCAAUUGGUUUAUUUCCCGCAACUUUUACAUGGUUCUCAAAAGGAUAUAAAGAAGCAUUUCAAAGUGGUGAACAAGAACCAUGGUUAUUUCGUGGUGGUCUUACCGGUGAACUACAACGAAUGUUACCGGUAGAAUCGGUUAGCGAUUUAUUCCUAUAUAAAGCACCUGAUUCACCAACCAGUCGUAUCUAUACAAUCCGUCCAUAUUUGCCAAGUGAUUUACAAUCGGUUUAUGAAAUAUGUUUUAAAAAUUAUGAUCGACAUAUUUUGCUUGAAAAUAAUGAUCAAUUAGUUGGUGAUAAAUUAAUUGGCGGUUUUCUUACGCUCAGUCCUGAAUAUUGUUUUAUAGUUGAAGAUGAUGUUCGUCUUUGUGGUUAUGCAUUGGCCGUAUUGGAUGCUAAAAAUUUCUUUGCCAAAUUAGAAGUUUCAUGGAUACCAGGAUUGUUGGAAAAAUAUCCAUUGAUGGCCGAAGAACGAUCAUUAAAAGAAAAAUAUGUUGGCCAAUUUGUAGAUGAAAUGCAUAAUCAAUAUAAACAACAAUUAUCCGAUCCUGAAGAAAUAUUCGCAAAUUAUCCUUCACUUUUAACAUUGGCAGUUAUGGCCAACAUUAUGGAUCUUAGUGUACCAAAACGAAUGCUCACCUGUGUGAUUGCUGCACUUAAAGCAAAUGGUUCGAAAGGCUUAUAUUGUCGAAUACCCGCAAACGAUAAGAAAACUAUUGAAUUUUAUCUGAAAUUAGGAUUUCAAACUAUUAACAUUAGAAAUUCAAUUGCAACUGAUGACGUUUAUGUUGGACGAGUCAUCUAAAAAUUUAGUAAAACUAUCUUAAUUCAUUCAUCUCAUCUCAUCUCCACUUUAUCAUUUGACUUGACACUUGACACAAACACACAAUGUGGACACACUGUUUUCUUCUUCUUUUUUUUCGGUGAUAUAAUCUCAAUAUUUGGGUGAUAUCCUUUUUUUCAUACCUAUCCUUAUUAUUAUAUCCCAAUUCUUUUCAUUCCUAAUUAUUUAAUAAUAAUGCAUGCUUUUUGUUUCAUUUUUUUAAUGAAUU